UAGCGGUGAAUUAUACAAGUGUUGGAUAAGCGACAGAAUAAACAGUGGAUUCUACAAUUGGCGCAGCCGGUAUUCCUUUUUUAUAUACACAUACAUAGAACCCCGGCGAGGUAUGAAAAUGGAUCCUGAAAAAUUUCCGCUAGAACCCUUCAAUUCCGACGUAAACUGUUCUGAUUUACGUACGGAAUGGGAAGAGUGGUUGCGAGCUCUUCUCCUAAUAUUGGAGCUAAAAGGGCCACUUUCACAGCAUGAGAAAUUUGUGUAUAUGCUGGCCCGAGGAGGAAGAGAUCUUCAACGCAUAUAUUUCAACCUAGGCCAAGCUGAGGACGAGAUCAUCCCAUCACAGACGCAGGUGCCAUUUGCGGCUCAAGAAACACCUGAAUUUGACAACGCCAUCAAACGCCUAAACAAAUUCUUCGUAGGAAAACGAAACGAACGCAAAGAGUUGGAGGUGUUUAGAAAUAUUAAGCAGGCAGAUGAGCCCUUCAAUCGGUUCAUGCUGAAACUACGCACUCAGGCGAAGAAAUGCGAUUUCGGAAUGCGCGAAGAGAAAGAAAUCCUUCAUCAAAUUACGGCAGGUGCUAGAGACAUUAAAGUCCGAGAUAAAGGGCUUGAAAAUGUCAUGAAGUUGGACGAAUUAGCCAAUUUCGCUCUCAACAGGGAAAUCCUUGCAAAGCAGAAAGCAAUUUCUAAUAAUGAGCACGAAGCAGCGCUAAUCGCAGUGACAGCUGUAUAA